AUGCCCUUCCAAAUUACUGAAGACACCCCCAUCCACGGCGCAGGCUCCUACUACCACGCCGGUCGCGGCGGCGCAGGCAACUACCGUCGUCUCCCAAGCACCUCCUCCCUCCCCGCAGCUGUCGCGACAGCCCUCCCAGCAACUGCCACCCCACCAAACUCCCGCGUCUUCUUUGGCGGGCGCGGUGGCGCCGGCAACAUCAAGCCCAAAUCCGAGCGAGCAAUGUUCUCCUUUGACGAGGAGCUUGAGCGAGACCGUCUCUUCCACGAGCACCACGCACCCGUAUACUCCAUCGGCCGCGGCGGUGCCGGCAACAUCGUCCCCUCAGAGGCCAUUGCUACCAGGUCGCACUAUAGCGUUAGCCCCGCUGGGUCGCCGGACUCUAGUCCGAGGUCUAGCACCAGCUCUGCCGGCUCAUCGCCGAGGUUUUCCUCGCACAGCCUGAGGAGUGGUGCGGAUAAAGUUUGGGAGAGCAUUGCUAGGGUUAGAUCUUCCUCUUAGAUUUGGAACUGCUAGAGUCGAAGAGGAGGGUUUUUAAUAAUUGA